ACACUCGCGCGACACCCCAGAGCUCCCAAGGCCAGGUGACGACGUCGCCAUGGGCUCCGAACAUAGCAGUCCCUCGCCAACCCACCCCACCCGCGACGCAAAUUCGCCCAGCAGCGGCCAUCAGGUUCCACAGCUCGCCUCGAACCCUCUGCCUCCUCCCAUUCCCUCCGUGCCUCUCGUCGCAUUCCCACGCUCAUUCCCUCUCACCCGCUUCUCUUCAGACGCUCAUCCAACUCCCUGGUCCCACCUGACGGAAAUCGUAUAGAUAAAUGAGGGGUUUCUGUUUCAGUUAUCAGUCUCGACUGAAGUUAGCAGCUCAUCCUCUUACCCUCUCUUCGAGUUUCCCGCCUUCUGGUCUUCUUACAACUCCCGUUUACCAGCUGCCUAUGCCCUCGAAUGCUCCGUAUUUCUCCUAGGAAGUCUACACGCAAAUCAGCCUCCGUUUUAACUCCCCCCGUCAACAACAUGGCCUGCGUCGGUGCUGAGCGUGCCUGCGUGGACGUAGAUGCUCUGUUCUUGAGCUGCUGGGAGCAAGAUGACUCCCUGACUCACUUCGUCUGCAGCACCAUCUCUGCUCCUCGCCUGGCCGUCGUCAGUUUGAUCAGGUCGUGCAAGCAAGCUGCAGUCGAGGUGCAGCGGGUUUCCGCUCUUCCCGCUGUCGCUCUUGCGGAGGAAGCCACGUCAGCUGACGCAGAGCCAGGAACCGUCAACAAUCCGACUGAAGCUGGCAAAGCGGAUGCCCCUCAUGUGACAGCUACCGUUUCGUUCGUGGUUGAGCAGCGGGAGGAACCAGAGGAACCGGAGGAGCAGUCUUCGUUCCUGAACGCAGUUGCUGCACCAGAAAACCGGGUUGCUUCUUUUUUAGUCUGGACAGUUGCUCCCUCAGCUAAGGUCGUUUCGUGGUUGGGUGUGGAAUCAGAGUCGGAGCAGGCACAGCAGGGUGUGAAGGUGGGAGCAGAGGCGAGCAGCAUGAGUCGCAGUGAGAGCAGCUGCAGCAGCCACUCUGCGUGCCUCAUUGACCUCGUCUGGGACUCCUGCUCCUCCUCUGCUCACAGUCUCUGCUCCUCCUCCUCUGCUGAUAGCCUCUGCAGCACUCCCACUGGCUCGGUAACCGUGGUUACUGGUGUGAAGAGGGGGAUUGGCCGAGGCAUUUCCAGCAGUGGGAAGGGUUGGAGCAUGGAGGUGAAGGGAUCUGGGAAGGCAGAGGAAGUGAGUACUUUCUCAAACCAGCUGUUUGGGGAGGAUGAGGAUGGCGGCAGCAGGCAGGGCUACAAGACAUUCGGGUCAGGGAACAGGUGCUACAUGAAUCAGCUGUACAUGGAUGAGGCGGAGGAGGAGGAGAGGGAGUCACUGGCAGCAUCAGGCAUCUCGGUUGGCAUUGGCAGGUUUGGUGCAAGGCGGAGAAUAUCGGGCUCUAGCAGCCGGGCUGCUCUCCGCAGAAUGAGCAGUGUGUUGCUGAGACAGUUCUAGUUGUCAGUUCAAGAUGCUUAGUGAAGGCAACAGCAACUGUGGCUGGAACCAGAAGCACUGGACUGCCAAUAGGCUAGUGUAUAAUAGGGUGUUUACCCCUAGUGAAUUAGGCUUUUAUCUGAAACUGUGUUGGUUAUUGACUACUCGCUGGUGCUACUGGUGAUGAAGAUGCUGUUGGUUG